UUGUUGAAUGCUGAAAGCUCAUUUGUUGUUGAUAAAAUGUUGAAUUACAAGAAGAGGCCAUUGCAAGAUUUAAAGAUUGGACAAGCAAUGAAGAAAAGUUUGAAGGAAUUUGCUAAUCAAACUUUAGUUCAUUGUUAUCAUUAUGUGGUCGAACCCAAUCGUCAUUUUGUUGAAAUUCUAAUGUGGUGGACAUUGCAUAUAAUCAUAACAAUCGCUGCAAUUUACAUAAUGAUGUAUGCAUGGUCAAGUUUCACAGACAAUCCAACAAUUACAACUUUGGAGUCACAACAUUAUCCAAUUUAUAAUUUGAAUUUUCCAGCUGUUGGAAUUUGUUCGAACAACAAAAUAAGUCGUAGAGAAGCGGAGAAUUACGCAGAUUUUUUAAUGAAAUCAGAAAGAAUUAAGAAAUCUUAUGAAACUAAAGAAAAAGUUAUGGAAAUGAUUCGAUAUUUUGGAAGAAUUUACGACCCUGAAGAGAGAGGUAAAAACGAGUUUGUUCGAUUUCAAGAUAUUUUAGACGAUGUUGAUGUCAAUCAAACGACUGGUAGCUUUGAAUUGAAACAAACACUUUACAGACUUGCCCCAAAAUGCGAAGAUUUACUUGUCAGAUGUAAAUGGGCUGACUAUGAUGUAAAUUGUUUCCAGUUAUUUGAAACCAGAAGAUCAAGUGAAGGAUUUUGUUGCAUGUUUAAUUAUGCCAAGCGGACAGAUAAACAUACACAAUCAAAGAAAGCUUAUAAGCCUCUUGGCAUCGGUAGAACGAUGGGCAUCACAGUGCUUCUUAAUCUAUCAACAAGUGAUUACUUUUACCAAUCAAAAAGCUUUAACGGAGCCACUGUUUUAAUAUUUAAUCCCCAAGAGUUUGCUGAUAUCACGAGCGGAGGAGUUGGAAUCAUUCCUGUGCAAGCUUAUCAUGAAUCUAACAUUGCAGUACAGAUUACGACAAAAGUAGCGGAGCGUGAAGUUCAAAGUUACAGCAUUGAAAAACGUGAAUGUAUGUUCCCUUCCGAUAACGCUGAUGAAUACAAUGGAGAUUAUAUUUAUAGUGAUUGUCUUGUAAAAUGUAAGUUAAAAAGUGUUCUCGCUUUGUGUAAUUGCGUGCCUUUCAACUCUCCAACAAAUUUUCACGAUGUUCCAACGGCUCAUUUACCUUUCUGUAAUCUUGAUCACGUGGGAUGUUUGAGCAAAUAUCGUGUCAAAUGGUUGACUUAUCGCCCACGUGAGUCAAUUCCUGGGUUAGAACUUGAAAUGGAAGACGGAUUGAGUUGUCCAAGCUGUUAUCCUUUGUGUUCUUCUAGUACGUACAACGUUGACUCAACUUCUGCACAUUUGAACUUCUUCUAUGAGUAUGCAUCAUCAAUAAUUUCGGGCUUUAAUGACAGUGAAGAUUUGACUGUGUUCUCUAUGCCUGGUAUGACAUUCUUGGUGAUUUUGGCGGAAUUUUGUCUUUAUGUGCUGGCUUCUCAAUCAUUAGCUUCAUAG